AUGGAAGAGAAAUUAAUUGAAAAGCCAAAAUGGGAGUUCAAAACCUCUGCAGGCCUUGCAACUGCAACAGUAGAACAAGUUUGGCCAUUGCUGGAGGACUUCUGCAACCUACACAAAUGGCUUCCCGAAACACUUCAUGAGUGCUACCGUGUGGGGGGGAUCCUCGGUCAGCGGCCUGGCUUGACCCGCUACUGCACCUUCUCAAGAACAUUACCAUCAUCAGAUGGCCACGAGGCCGUAACGCAGACGGUGUAUGCCAACGACAGGCUGCUCUCGAUCGAUCCCAUCAAACGGUGUUUUAGCUAUGAGAUGUUGGACAAUAACAUGGGCAUGAAGACGUACGUCGCGACGUUGAGACUGUUGCCCAUCAAUGAUGAUGAUGAUGAUGAUGAUGGCAAGUUGCAUGCAUGUGGGUGCAAGAUCGAGUGGUCAUUCGUGUGUGAUCCCAUGGAAGGGUGGUCCUUUGAAGAUUUUUCCUCUUUUAUUGCGGCUAGUCUGCAAACCAUCGCUAAGAACAUGGAAGAUGCCACGUCACUGAGCUCCUAG